AUGCCUCCUGGAGGAAUAUGUGCGUGUGGUGAACUCAUUGUGUACCUCACAUCCCACACUAAUGAUAAUCCAGGAAGACAUUUCUGGAGAUGCAGGAAUUUCAAGACACCAAGGGACUGUGGAUUCUUCUUGUGGGAUGAUGAAGUUGGACUAGGUUCAGCAAGACAAGGAGGUAUUGAUGCGUUGAAGACAGAAUUGGAGGAUUCGAAGAAGAAACUGGAAGAAUUGAAGACAAAAUUUGAGGAUACGAAUAGGAAACUUGAGGAAAGCAAGAACAAGAUUAGCAAGCUUCAAAGGAAGCUUGAUUGUGAGAUGAUGAAUAAGAAUCUGGCCUUUUCCACCAUUGUGGUUGUUGUGUUAGCUUGGUUGACUAACCGUGAGGAUGAAGUGUUGUUGAUAUAA